CCAAAACAUGCACCUGUAAACAAACACAGAGCAGCCAGAACUUAUGACUGCUUUUAACAGCAGCCGGAAUAGUGUGUGAUGCAAUCGGUACCCUUGAUGCAACCCUUUUGAUUCUUGGACAAAGAUAAGAGAGAGAGUCGUAAGACAGGACAAUGGCAGGCAACAAGACCAGCAGCAGCAACAGCAACGAUAAACCUCUGUGGCGACCUCUGGCCCAUAAACUCUCCAGCCUUAUCCCGCUGCGCCGCCUCAAUAAAGCCAAAUCAAAGCCCGACGUCAGGUCCGAUCACGCCGCGCAGUCCAACACCGCGUCCGCCGACUUUCGCCUUGAUGUCCAGUUAAACGGCCUCGAGAGCCUUCGUCUCCCGAGUAGUUGGCUCCUCCAGCCCAAGGACGCCGACAAGCAGCAGCAGCAGCAGCCUGUCGACGCGUCGUCAACGAGACUUAGUCAUCACUUUUCGCGGAAGCCGGUUAAUCGCACUGAAGUCUCUCGACCCUUGACGUUUAUCGACAGCAGCGAUGCAGACCAGCACCAAGCGCGGGCAUCGGCACUGGAAGCCCUCAGCAGUCCAGAUCGCUCGACGACGCCUAGUAUUUUGGACCGUGGGCGACCGGUCGAGGCUAGGCAUUUAAUUCACCAGCCUGUCAAGAACCUCAAGAACCAUCGCAAGUCAUUGCCUCUAGACCUGGAGACUAUGUUCCAGGCUCCUCACGAAGAUCACGAUUCAAAUGCACUACGCACCGCCACUAUUCGCCUGGUGCCGAAUGAAAGUCUCAUCACCACUCCAUCUACUCCAUCUGUGAAAGAAUCACCAAGAUGGACGGCAGAGCGUGAGGCACGAUUAGCUAUGCCCCCACCACCAAGACCACUCAGCACCAGCCCAAUUGACUCAUCGUCUACUACACCAUCCAAGGCCAUUCAAAUCCCACGAAACCCUCAAUUGGCCCUCAAGAGACCCACCAGCCUCGGCCCUCCCCCCAAGCCCACCGAUUCACCCUCAGAACCUCAAACCCCCCUCAGCAGAGCACCCUCCAAGCGCCCAGGCGCACUAACCGACCGCCUCGCCUGGAUGCGCAAGCUCGAAGAAAAAGACACCACCAAACCAAACAACGACCUGACCGCGCUUCAGAAACGAGCUGGCUCCGUUUCCGACAAGCUCGCCAUGUUCGAGAAGAAGAACCUCUCUGUGACGUCUUCCACCACCAAGCGCCUCCAACUCCCCGCGCGCAACACAAGCAGCCAGUACUCUGCGUCGGUGCGCGAGUCCAUCUUCUCGGCGGACGGCAGCGCGUAUGCCCCGUCGCCUCGCACGUCGAUGGACACGGCGCGGACGUCCUCUGUUAUGAGCUAUUAUGACGAUUCGUUCCGAGAGAAACUCGAGUCAAUCGUUGGGCAAGAGCCUGAGGCGAUUAAGUCUGCCGAGGAGUGAGUGAGUUUGUUGGUCGCUCAGUGCUCUUGUCGGCGGUUGAUGAGACGAUUUAGAGCGAGAAUGAAGAUGAUUUAGAAUGUAUUCAUUGAUAUUAUUAGAGCAGGUUUCUUUCAUACGAUGGCGUUGAUGACUUAUCUUAGAUAUGAUUUGAGAGUUGUUUAGAUUCUCUUUAAUAUACUACACGCAAUGUGUCACCUACAUCGAGAUGUUUUCUCUCUUUUGUUUAGUUAUACAAUCUGCAUUUAUACUGAAGAGACGAUAUUACUGCCUCAAACCAAUUGAUGAAGAACAUCCUUUCCGUCCAACCAUCUCUCAGCAUUCUCAGCCUGUUCAGCAUACCAGUUGUUCAUGAUACCCUC